AUCUCACCUGGCAUAUAUCGAAUAGGUCCCCAAGCACACAACGCAUCAUACUACGGCUCUGACAAACCACAUUCUGAAGUCUACAUCAUGUCGGGGACUGGAAUCGGAAUCGCAAACUUGCCCAACCAGAGGCACAAAAUCGUUGCCAAGCAAGGUGCUCAUUUCACCUUGAUGGUGGUCGGCGAAUCCGGCCUAGGGAAAUCCACUCUCAUCAACACCCUCUUUGCGACCGAACUCGUCACGCCCAAAAACUACCGACACCGAUUCGCCAAGCAGCUCGACAAGACGACCGAAGUCGAGAUCAUCAAGGCCGAGUUGCAAGAGCGGGAUUUCAGCGUCAAGUUGACCGUCAUCGAUACUCCUGGAUUCGGAGACUAUGUGAACAACCGGGAGAGCUGGUCAUCCAUCGUAGACUUUUUGGACGAUCAACAUGAAAACUAUAUGCGUCAAGAGCAGCAACCCCAGCGCAAGGAAAAGGUUGAUAUGAGGGUGCACGCCUGUCUUUACUUUAUUCGACCUGGCGGACACGGCCUCAAACCCCUCGACAUCGAGACCAUGAAACGUCUCGGCACCCGUGUCAACCUGAUCCCCGUCAUCGCCAAGGCGGAUACCAUGUCCCCCACCGACCUGGAAGAGAUGAAGGAUCGCGUCAGGACGACCUUGGUCGCGCAGGGGAUCAAGGUGUACGUGCCCCCCGUCGAGGUGGACGACCAGGCUUCGGCGGAUCAUUCCAGGACUUUGAUCGAAGCUAUGCCAUUCUCAAUCAUCGGAAGUACGGAGGAUGUCAAGACCAGAGAUGGAAGGGUCGUCAAGGGUCGAGAAUAUCUUUGGGGAGUGGCCGAAGUCGACAAUGAGGAUCACUGCGAUUUCCGAAAACUCCGUUCUUUGCUCCUCCGCGUGCACAUGCUCGACCUGGUCACCACCACCGAAGAGACGCACUACGAGUUGUACCGUCAAGCCCAGAUGGAGACGCGCAAGUUUGGCGAGCCCAAGGUCAAGAAGCUCGACAACCCCAAGUUCAAGGAAGAGGAAGAGUUGUUGCGAAAGAGGUUUACGGAGCAGGUCAAGAUGGAGGAAGCUAGAUUUAGACAAUGGGAGCAGCAUCUCAUUGCCGAGCGGGACAGGCUCAACAAGGAUCUCGAGAACGCUCAUUCGGCUAUCAAGUCUCUGGAGGCCGAGGUGGAUCACUUAACCGCUUACCACCGUAACGCCAGCAGUAUGGGAAGGCGAGGCUAAAUCGGCUGUUCCCGGAUCUGCCUUAUACCCUCGCUUUCUGGUUUUCGGCUUACUCAUCUUACGACGUCUCUUUCUAUCUUUUUCUGGUUCACGGUCUCUCUUCCCGGUCGGGGGAGUCCUCUCGCUCCCUCGCUUCUGGUGCUGUUUCUUUAAUGCCAUAACGACCUUUCUUCUCGGCUCUGUGCGCUCUCCGUCUCUUGUCGAUCAUCUUGCAAGUCUGCCUGUGAAGCGCAGGCUUAUAUACAAAUGAUAUUGGACAACUACAUCUAGACAGGAUUGUUUCGAUUGAUGUGGUCGACGCGGCCUCUGCUAGGCGAUUUUGUUACUGUAGUUAUCCAAACGAUGUCCGUUCUGGGUCACGGUCGGAUUUAGCCUAGCGACAUCACAAGAACCUCCACUUUCGGUCCGAUUAUGACAGGAGAGUGCGACUUGAUCUAUGGCGGUGAUAAUAAUGCACACCAUAUUAAAAUUCUGUAACUUUCGAUCAGCG